GUUCUUCUUCCCGGCCUACAAUCUACAUGGCGGCGUCCAUGCUGGAGGCCAGCUCCAGCAGCAGCUUAUUCUGAAAGUUUCAGGGUUUCUGUGGAUUACUCAGAAUGUCCAAACUGUCCAGAGCCAGCAGGACGGUGAAGAAGGUCGACCCUGGCAACGUGAUCAGAGCGAUUGUACGUUCUGGACAGGCAGCCCCAGGACCCCCGCUCGGCCCCACCCUCGGUCAGCGGGGUAUUCCCAUUGGCCAGUUCUGUAAGGAGUUUAACGAGAGGACGAAGGAUAUGAAGCAGGGUAUCCCUCUGCCUGUUCGGAUCCUGGUCAAUCCCGACCGGACCUACCAGUUGAAGAUCAACAUGCCCACGGCUUCCUACUUCCUGAAAGCAGCAGCUGGCAUUGAGAAGGGGGCGGGCAGGACAGGGCACGAGGUGGCUGGGAUGGUGACAGUGAAGCACAUUUACGAGAUUGCGAAGGUGAAGUCGCAGGAUGAGAGUUUCCGUCUGCAGGACAUGUCCCUGGAAAAUGUGUGUAAAAGCCUGAUCGGGUCAGCCAUGUCCCUGGGGAUCAAGGUGGUGCGAGAGCUGUCGGCUGAGGACUACGCCAGGUUCCGGGAGGAGAGGGAGGAGCAGCUGAGAGCUGAGGCAGCCUCACUGGAACAGACAGGCACCAAGAAGUUGUAGUGAGAAGAAGAGGAGCACGCUGUCACCAUCUAGCGCCCCCCCCACCACCCAACCUCCAUCUGGGGCGGGGGGGGGUGGGCGGUGGGUCUCUGGGUCCGCAGCCCCAGCAGCUGGAGGAGUACAGGGAUCCCUGAGUCUCAGAGGAGGGGCCUUCCCAGAGCCUUUGGGGUUGGGGGGGGGUGGUGUUGGAGGGUUUCAGGAUCCCAGAGUCUGAGGGAAGGACCUGGAUUCUGGGAGGGGGUGCUGUUGGGUUCUGGUGUGUGGGGACGAAUGGGGGAGGGGCUCUAUGGGUCUGUUUUAGGAGGGAGGGAGGGAUCUUGUGAUCCCCAGUAUCUGAGAGGUGUGGUAGUGGCGGCGUCAGGAUCUGGAAUCCAGGAGCAUCUGGGUCCCAGACUCCGGGGUGGGGGUGGAGGGGUGCUGGGUUUUGAGGCUCAGAUUCUGGGGGUGGUCUUGGGGACCCAGAUUCUGGGAGGUGCUGGGGCCCAAGGUCUGGGGGGAGCUGGGUUUCAUGGGUCCAGGGUCCAGGGGUGGUCUCAGGAUCCUGGGUCAAGGGGAUGUCCUGUCAUUUCGGGGAGCUCCGUCUCCAACAGUUACCAUUCUCCCCGAGCUAGCGUGUUGGAAUAUUUUAAUCCCUUGUCAAUCCUGUAACAAAUAAAAGGCAGUGAAGCCUA